AUGCUGUCGUACCUGUUUCCUGACCUCGCCGCCUUUCCCACUUUCGCUGACCUCGUUACGCACCUUCGCACUAGUGACACCCGCUACCGCGCUGCGCUUCCUGCUGAGUUCUGCGCCAAGAACCCCCCCCCCCCCCCACCAAUGUACAUCACCCUCUACUACAUAGUCACCCGGCUCCCUGACUCCCUUCGCUCGGUCAGGGACCACUUCCUCUCUGUUUGCCCCACCACACUCACCGUUGACCUCCUCGAGGAGCGCCUCCUGGCAGCAGAGAAGAGUAUAGUCGUUGUAGGAGCCUCUCGUGGUGAUCCUCUUGCCCCCGUCUUUGAGGGGUGCUCCCCCUCCCCCCUUUUGCCCUCUAUUGCCUCUGCUGCUGCCGUCGACUUCGUUGGCACCGAGUCGGUCGGCGCUGCGUCUGCCCCUAGCGAGCGACGCCGCACCGGCAAGGGCAAGGGGGGCAAGGGCGCUGGAGGGGCUGGCGGGGGCGGUGGAGGUGGCGGUGGAGGAGGCGGAGGGAGUGGGGGUGGUGGUGGGAAUGGUGGCGGGGGUGGGGGCUUCAGUGGUGGCGGUGGCGGCGGAGGCGGCGGCGGCGGUGGCGGUGGGAGCGGAGGAGGAGGCGGUGGCGGUGGUGGCGGAGGUGGCGGCGGAGGAGGUGGAGCUAGUCUGGGUGGCUUUGCGCAGCGGGGCGGCUUCGGUGGUGGUCAGCGCCAGCAGCAGCAGCGCACUCGUGAGACCCCGCCCCCCCAGCAGCUUCGUGAGUGGUACGCUUCGCGUCAGCGCGGUUGGGGUACUGGUCCCUGCACCUACGUCCUGCGUACCGGCGACCGUAUGGUGUCUACUAGUGAUGAGGGUGACUGUUACCUGUGUGUUCCGCCAGACCUGGGCAUUGAGGCUGCUGCUCUAGGUGCUGGUGAGACUGCUGCUCUAGGUGCUAGUGCGUCUGCUGCCCCAGGUGCUGGUGAGUCUGCUCUCUCAGGAUAA